AUGAAGGAGAUGAAAGCCCGUUGCUACUUUCUACUUACCACACUUAUCGUUCUACUCAUCACAUCGAUUAUUGUUGGCGCACUUGUUCAACUUUAUUUCCUGAUUAUCUCCGCUUUCAUUUUUGUAGUUAUUUCAGGGGCUUUGAUUAAUCUUUUUUGCACUAAAGGGUCCCAAGAAGUUGAGGAAGAUGAUCUGGACAAUAUGUUUGGAAUGCCCUCUAGAUUCUCUUACCAAGAGUUGAAGAGCAUCACCAAGAAUUUCAGCAACAAGCUCGGUGAAGGUGGAUUCGGGUCGGUUUUCCGAGGAACACUGCCUUCGGGUUCCGAUGUGGCGGUGAAGCAUCUCGACGGCUUCGGUCCGGUUAACAAGUCAUUCAUAGCCGAAGUCCAGACGAUCGGGAACAUCCACCAUUUCAACUUGGUAACCCUGGUGGGAUUUUGUGCCGAAAAAUUGAACAGGCUUUUGGUUUACGAGCACAUGGCGAAUGGAUCGCUAGACCGAUGGAUCUUCAACGUCGACCUUGCUCUUUGUUGGCAAAUCAGGAAGAAUAUCAUCUUAGACAUAGCCAGAGGACUAUCCUAUCUUCAUCAAGAUUGCAACCAGAAGAUAAUUCACUUAGACAUCAAACCCGAAAAUAUCCUCUUAGACGAGAAUUUCAUUGCCAAAGUUUCGGAUUUCGGGUUAUCGACGCUGAUAAGGAAAGACCAGAGUCAAGUCAUUACAACCAUGCGAGGAACCCCAGGUUACAUGGCUCCCGAAUGGUUGAUCUCCGUCAUAACCGAGAAAGUAGAUGUCUAUAGCUUCGGCAUCGUGGUCCUUGAGAUUCUAUGCGGUCGACGAAACAUCGAUGGGUCCCAACAAGAAGAGAACGAUAGGCAUUUACUGGAACUGUUUAAGAGGAAGCUAGAGGAAGGACAACUGGUGGAGUUGGUCGACAAGCGCAGCGACGAUAUGCAGUCGAAUGCGGCGGAAGUGGUGGAGAUGAUGAAGGUCGCGGCAUGGUGUUUGCAGGCUGAAUAUGGAAAGAGGCCUUCCAUGUCCGCCGUGAUGAAGCUGUUGGAGGGGUCGGUUGAUGUUGUGAUUGAUGUUGUAGGUAACAUGAAUGAAGAUUUUCUAAAUGGAUUGGCACCUGAAGCUGCAGAGACCUUGUCUUCUUUAGUUUUGCCUUCUAUGUUAUCUGGGCCAAGGUGA